CGGUCGGAAUUGGCGGGUCGCAGGUCUGUGCAUCUUUUGUCUGCACAAAUACAGGUUUUAAUUCUAAAAAGAAAGAAAAUACACUUAAUUGAAACGGACCGUGACCUUUUUAAAUAAACUAUAUUUAUAAACGAACACUCAUUUGGGUGUUGUUGCAACCUUGUUUUAUUUUUCAAAGCUCUAUUGACGUCGACAAGGAACUGGAGGGUUCCGCAGAAUCUUCUUCGACGAGUAUGAGCGAGCCAACAGGCACCGCUAGUGAUGCUGCCAGCGUCACCCCAGUACCCGAGGAAGCUGCCAAGCUGGCAACCACCGAAGGGAAAAAACUAAAGAAGAAGGAUGACGAGGAGGUUGUAGAGGAGGAAGAAGAAGAGUAUGUAGUAGAGAAAGUUCUAGACCGGCGUGUGGUAAAGGGCAGAGUGGAGUACCUGCUUAAAUGGAAGGGCUUCUCAGAUGAGGACAACACAUGGGAACCUGAAGAUAACCUUGACUGUCCAGACCUGAUAGCAGAGUUCCUGCAGUCUCAGAAAAAGGCCGGUGACGGGGACAAGAAAGAGUCUGGCAAGAGGAAAGUAGGAGAGUCAGAUAAUGACACAGGCAGUGAAGAUGCUCGGUCUAAGAGGAGGAAAGAUGAUAUGGAUAAACUGAGGGGUUUUGCUCGGGGAUUGGAGCCUGAACGCAUUAUUGGAGCCACCGAUUCCAGCGGAGAGCUGAUGUUCCUUAUGAAAUGGAAAAAUUCGGAUGAAGCAGAUCUCGUGCCAGCAAAGGAAGCGAACGUAAAGUGUCCGCAGGUUGUCAUUUCAUUUUAUGAGGAACGACUCACAUGGCACUCCUACCCUACUGAUGACGAAGAGAAGAAAGAUGACAAAAACUAAAAGAUGAGAGGUUACAGGUUAGGGAAAGGGGUAAAAACAGGGGGGAGUGGAGAAGGGUUGGAGACGACAUGGCCGGGCAGCAGAGACUGAUCUGCUCUUUUUAACUUCUUUGCCAUAAGAACAGGACAUUUGAUACAGUGUAAAACACACACACACACAUACAUACAAAGUCGGGGUUGUCUGGAGAGUAUUAAGAGUUGUAAACUUGCUAGGGGAAGGAAGUGGGUGGUUGUGUAUUUACUGAUGUAACACCUUUGAUCUAUCUGCUGUCAUUUUAUUGUCUGUUAGAUUAGAAAAAUGUAGUAUACCAAGCUACAAGAGAGAAGUUCUUACAUGCAGAAUGUAUGGGGUGGGUUGCUAGACCAUUUUAUGUAAUUUAAAUAUCUCAUUAAAAGCUCUUUCAUUGCAGUUUUUGGCGUGGGACAUGGGCACAUGCUGAUUUUAAAAAAACAAAAUAAAUUCACACUGCUUUAGCUCUGAUACGAUACAUUUUGAGACUACUACUUCUUAUGUUUUACACCUUAUGUUUUUUUUGUUUUUUUUUGUGUUUUUUUAAUCAGUCGCUUUAUAUAACCCCAGCUUGGAGUUUCCCUAUCAAUAAAUUAAGGUGAACCACUUAA